AUGAGUGCCGACGACGUCAAAGAACAGAUCUUUAAGCUGGCCAAAAAAGGUCUUCGACCUUCUCAGAUCGGCGUGAUUCUUCGCGACUACCAUGGCGUGGCUCAGGUGCGUUGGGUAACCGGCAACAAGAUCCUUCGUAUCAUGAAGGCCAAAGGCUUGGCUCCUGAAAUUCCUGAAGACCUGUAUCAUCUGAUCAAAAAGGCGGUUAACAUUCGUAAGCAUCUGGAGCGGAACAGAAAAGACAAGGAUAGCAAAUUUCGUCUGAUUUUGGUAGAAGCUCGCAUCCAUCGUCUGGCACGCUAUUACAAGACUAAAAGAACCCUGCCUCCAACAUGGAAAUAUGAAUCGUCAACUGCUUCAGCUUUAGUAUCAUAA